AUGUCUGAUUUCGAUAUGAUGGACAUUGAGGACCGACGAAGCAGCGUCGGGUCCCAGAUGGCGAGGCCAGGCGAAAUGCCUCCCAGCAGCCUCGUUCUGAUCUUUGAUACCAAUUUCCUGCUCGACCAUCUGCCUAUAGUAGACGGCCUUCGUGGGGUGCCAGUGCCCCAUCAGCUAAUCAUCCCCAACCAGGUCGUGAGAGAGCUCGACGGGCUCAAGUCAUCGAAUUUGCACGUUUCAGGGGCCGCACGCCGGGCCAUCGACUGGAUCUACGGGUUUCUGCACAACAACGACCAGAUCUUGCGGGUCCAGCGACUGCACGAGCGACUCGACCGCGACGCCGUCCAGGACGACGCUAUCCUGGACGCCUGUCUCUUUUUUGGGACAGAAAACAUGGUUGUGCUGUUCUCGAACGACAAAAACCUGUGCGUCAAGGCUCUGGCCCAUGGCGUUCUUACUGUGUCCUACCGUGAAGACAUGACAUUGCAAACGAUCAUUGACCGGCUGGUAGCAGAGUUUUCGCGGGUCAAUGGCGACGUGAUGGAGCUUGAGGUGGAGAGAGACAACAGACAGGUGGCUGCAGACACCGUCUACUCGCAAGCACGCACGCUUGCCGUAGAGGCCAUAGAGCACGUACUAAGAGAGGAAUUUGGAGACGACUUCGACAUGAUAGAUUACGACCCUUCGAAACAACAUUCAUUGCGCGACUGUUGCUACACACUGAAACACUUCAGCGUGUCCACCUUCGGGAGCUAUUUCCGCAACUUUGGCAUCAAUCCGCUGAAAUUACUCAAAGAAAAGCAGAGCAUAGCAGAAUAUUCCAACAAGCCCCAGUCGCGCGAGCAACUAUCCGAGUUCGUCGAGUUCUGGAUCAUCGUGUUGGAGGGACUAUACAAAAAGCGCAGCAGCGAGCAAAAAGCGGCGUUGAAGAUGGUUGUUGACGCGUGGCGCAAGACGGCGCAGACGACAUGA